AUGAUAACUUUUCAAGCUGUUGAGGAAGUGAGUAACCCAAUCCCAUCCAACCUGAAGUCUGAGGCCAAGAAAGCUGCCAAGAUCCUGAGAGACUUCACCGAGAUCUCCAGCAGAAAUGGGCCAGACAAACUCAUCCCCGCUCACGUAAUAGCUAAGGCUGAGGGUCUGGCCAUCAUCUCUGUCAUCAAGGCAGGCUUCAUGAUCACAGCCAGAGGAGGCAGCGGAGUAGUAAUCGCCAGGCUUCCUGACAAACGCUGGUCAGCACCUUCAGCUAUUGGCAUCGCUGGUCUGGGUGGAGGCUUCGAAAUCGGGGUGGAGGUGUCAGACUUGGUGAUCAUCCUGAAUUACCGGAGGGCCGUCGAAGCCUUCACAAAGGGUGGGAACUUGACGCUUGGCGGGAACGCCACUGUCGCCGUGGGACCUGUUGGAAGGAACGUGGAGGCUGAUGUGGCUCUGCGGAGUACUGCAGCUGUGUACACCUACUGCAGGUCCAGAGGUUUGUUUGCAGGUAUUUCUCUGGAGGGAUCCUGCCUCAUUGAACGCAAAGAAACCAACCGCAAAUUCUACUCCCAAGACAUCCGCGCAUCUGCCAUUUUGAAUGGUGAUGUGGAACCGCCGUCAGAGUGCUAUGACCUCUACCACAUCCUAGAUGUCUACACUGAGGCCUACACCUCCGACUGGACAAGCAAGAACUUGCAAACUAGGUCAUCCGUUCGCCCAGCCAGACCACCAGCUCCGAUCCAGUCAAAGCCACCAAGCUACUCCGAGGUGUCAGCAGCCAGUGCCGGAGCUGGAGUAAGGACUAAAAACACUCUCUACCCAAGUGUCUCUGUCUAUAAAUCUGAAACCUCAAGUAAGUUUGCCUCCAGAAACUCUCAGAUGAACGAUUGGGGAUCAUCAGAGGGUGGAGCCACUGGGCUGAUGGUUGUCACAGCGACACAUCCCUUUGCAGGGGAGCAGCCAGGUGACCUCAGCUUUGUUCCAGGCGACCGUAUCACUGUCAUCACGAAGACAGACUCCCAGUAUGAUUGGUGGGAGGGGCAACUGGAAGAUGGUCGGGUUGGGAUCUUUCCUGCAAACUUUGUUACAUAUUGAUACUACUCUCUGGGUGUCUGACAGAAAAACAUCUGAAAGAACCAAUAUUGGGUAAAAUGAGUUUGGAACGUGGUUGUUCUG